AUGGGUAUGAAUACUAAUGCUCAAGCAAUAAGGCCUGUAACGUGGAGCUCUGUCCUCCAACUGGGAUUCAAGUCUAUCAUUCCGAAAGAAUCACUUCAAAUGAACCCAGAAGUCACAACCCCUGGUUUUCUCCCAGGCAAGUUUCCUCCAUGCACCAUCAUUGACUCUAAAGCCUGUCCGAGACUGUCCAGGCUGCAUAAACAAACGUCUAGAACGUACGCUUCAUUAGGGAAGAUAAUGGUGCACAUUUCCAACAAAAACAAUAGAUUGGACGACAGGAAAUCAAACUUCAAACCUAGGAAAGUGUUGACCAGACCUGGCAUUCACACUCUGUGUCCAGACCCAAUUAUGGAAAGUCACAUCCCUGUCCAUCCAACUCAUAUGCCAAGAUCUAAGAAGAGACAGAGUAACAACCCUGUGGCACCAGGGAGGAAUAUGCCACCAAAGAAAGGUCGACGAGCAGGGGGAUCGCCCCCGAAGAAGGACACGCAGGAUACAAAUUAUCCAAAGUCUGAGAUGGGAGCAGAAUUGAGGGUGAAAUCCACAGUGGUGGACAUAGAUAGUGUGAGAGAAGAGUUAAGAGAAGAUACACCGGGGCUCCUGGAGGCUGCAGCUGAUGAGAGUCUGAAGCAUAAGAAUCUGGGAGUGUUUGAAUGGCUGUUGAUGGUCUUCAUCUUAGCGCUGGUUCUUCUUUUACUCCCCAUUUCCAUCUGGUUCUGUGUCAAAGUGGUGAGGGAGCAUGAGAGAGCUGUGAUCUUCAGAAUGGGUCAUCUGUUGCAGGGAAGACCAAGAGGACCAGGUCUUAUUUUCCACCUCCCACUCAUAGAUGUGUGUCACAAGGUUGAUAUCCGACUGAAGAUCCUAAAGAUUCCUUCCCACAUGGCAGUGACAAAAGACAUGGUGUCUGUUGAGUUGACAGCCGCGUGUUACUACAAGAUAGAAAACGUGGCAUUGUGCAGCUCCUCACUGGCCGGCCUGACCUUAGUUCUACAAAACCUGGUCCAGACCCUCUCCAGAGACAUUGUCGCACAACACACUGUCACUUACAUACUACAGCACAGAAAGAGCAUCGGUCAACAAAUGCAAGCGGCUGUGGACUCUGUCGCCUGUCGAUGGGGCAUUAGGGUUGACAGAGCAGACAUAGAGGAGCUCACUUUUCCUCCAGAGUUACAGCAGAUUCUGACGGCCGAGGCUGAGCUGAAGAGACAUCAGCAGGACAGCGUCAAGAUGACAGACAGAGACAGAGUGGUGUGCGAGAUGUUCCGAUCUUCCUUUCGUCACCUCCACCCUGCUCUAGUGUUCCCAUUCCCUUCAGAUGUCUUUGGGGCAACUCACGACGACUCAUGCCUUCCUCCACCUCCACCGCCACCCUCCUUCGUGGAGCAAGAAGAAAGGCCAGUGAAGGAGCUGGAAACUGAUUCAUCCAUGAUGUGAUCAUUUAUUAGAUUUACUUAAAUAGAAAGCAUGAAAUUGCCAAUGAAAUAUAAAAAUGUUGGUGCUCAAGUAACUAUUUAUUUUCACCCUUUCAAUCACUAUGAACUUAAUGUUUGUAUUAGUACACCACAAUGCACACGCAAUUGUGUUUCACAGCAAGCUUUCACAUUAAAGAAGUAA